AUGCUAUCGACGGUGCCGCGACCCGAUCACGGGUUUGCAGUGUCUCGCGUCCUGUUGGAGACUUUCGACAACGAAGCCAGCUCGGUUUCUUCUACUUCUUCUUCUAGUACCCACCACAAAGCGACCACUGGCAACCUGGAAAAGAGUCUUGUUGUCGACAACGAGGCGUCUCUGGAGUCCAAUCACGCCAACUCGCCUCGAACUUCUCCGACAAAAACCGCCGAUGUCGUCGACGACGACAAGACAUCAACAACGUACUCGGAUGACGAUACGUGGAAUGAAACUGUCGCCGAGAUCAAGGAACAACUGGCAGUGACAAUGAUUGUUGGUAGCGCCGCCAAUGGGAGCCACGAGGCUUGGGACGUCGAAAAGAACGAUUUGGUCCCGAAAGAACAGCUCUCCGAGGCAAUGUUUGACAUUUUAGUGGAGCGGAUCCGCAUGAUGGACGACAAGCUCCUGGAUGAAGUCCCCAUGGAAGGUUGGGAGGCGAUUGCCGCAUCGCCCAUUUCUCUCAUGCGGGAAAUACUCUUUGACAUGGAAGUGGCCGAAGAAUGCGAAAUGGAGUUUGGUUGGAAGGACAUCAAGAUUCUGCUGGACUUGAUGCCGAUCAUGUGGCGAAGUUGA